AUGGACGUCUCUCCGGGUCUCGGGUGCCCCUCCCCGUUUACAUUCAGCGCUUGCGAAGACGCCCCCGAAGCCGGCCAGUCGUCCGGAGCACAGGCGCAAGAACGGCCGGCCCUCCGACAACGCCGCCCUUCGCAUUUCAAGCAAAGGAGAAAGUCUCUGGUCAACCAGUUCAUGGAAGGGGAGGAGGGUCUCUUGCUCAAGCUGGAUCUGUUCCUCACAAAUUUGGAGAAGAAGCUCGAGGAUUGGGAGAGCUAUGGCGAGCUCAGUCUGGAUUCCGGUAUCUCGGCCGCCUACUCCACACUGCAGGCGGUUCAGGAAAGAUGCUCGCAGGUGUCGGAAGAGAUGAUGGGGGCUGGAAGGAGGAAACUCCAUGUUAUGGUGGAAACUCUCGAGUCAGGAUACCAAGACGCCAUGGCCGCCGCAGAGUCGCUCAACGAAAAGGCAAAGAUUGGUAUCGAGGUCCUCGACGACCUGCUAGAGGAUAUGGAGAACCAAGCCGCCAAGUUUCGGGAAAGAGGCCUGGCCAAUGCGGCCGAGGUGCUCAUGGACGAGGCCCAUCGUGUUGUCGAUGGUGGUAUCGAAAGAGCAAUGCGCGCUGCUGAGUCCCUCGAGGACCAUGUACAGCGAGCGAUUGCCCGGGCCCGGGAACACGGCUUGCUUCACUACGAUGACUUGCCAGUCCCAUGGAGGAUCAACCCCCACAUCAAGAAGGGCUAUCGGUUUUCCGAAACCAAGCUGGCCUGCGUGCGGUCAGCGUUUGGCUUCUCCAACGAGCUUGUCAACAUCUGGUCGCACGCUAUCGGCCUCGUCCUUGUUUUGGCUGUGGCCUUUUACUUCUAUCCCACCAGCACCAACUUCUCCCUGAGCAGCAAAGCCGACAUUUUUGUUGCCGCCGUCUUCUUCUUUGCCGCCUGCCAGUGCCUGGUCUGCAGCACCAUCUGGCACACGAUGAAUUCGGUCGCCGAUGUCGAUCUCAUCUCCAUGUUUGCCUGCGUCGACUACACCGGCAUCUCGCUCCUGAUUGCCUCGUCCAUCAUGACGACCGAAUACACGGCCUUUUACUGCGAUCCCGUCAGCCGUUAUGCUUACAUGAUCACCACCGCCCUCCUUGGCGUCGGAGGCGUCAUUCUCCCAUGGCACCCCAAGUUCAACGGAGCGGACAUGGCUUGGGCCAGAGUUGCCUUUUACUGCGGCCUCGGCGCCACUGGCUUCCUGCCCAUCCUCCAGAUCUCGCUCACCCGCAGCUUUGCUUCCGCCAUGGAGUUCUACGGCCCCAUUGGCAAAUCCAUUGGUGUCUACCUCCUUGGAGCCAUCGUCUACGCCAGCAAGGUUCCAGAGCGCUGGUGUCCGGGAAUGUUUGACUACUGCGGUGGCAGCCACAACCUGUGGCACAUCGCCGUGCUGGGAGGCAUUCUGUUUCACUACAAGGCCAUGCAGGCUUUUUUCUCGCACGCCUUCGCCCUCGCCCAGGACGGUUGUGCUGUAUAUUAA